AUGUACUGCUGUGGCUAUCAAAGCGCGAACAGUAAUUCUACUCGAUGCGCCAAUGGAGAUGCGCCUUUUGUCCUCGAGGAUGGGGCGAUGAUCUUCGGUCGCGCCGCACUGUCCAACGCUUCCACGGGUUCUACAACCGAGACUACCAAUACUACAUGCGCAAGCGACGGAAAUGCAGAAUCCUCCUCUUCACACAGUAGCGGCAACAACAACAGCACCGCAAUUGGAGUGGGAGUCGGCGUUCCUCUGGGAAUUCUGGCACUGUGUGCUGUAGCUUGGGCUUUGGUUGAACGACGACGUGGGAAACAACGCCAAUCGAUCAUGAGUGGGGGCGCGCAAAUGACUGCGCCGGGGUUUAUGUCCCAGCGGCGACAGAAGGGUCCGACAGAAUUGUAUUCGCCGAAACACACAAGCUCAGAUUCUGCAACGCACGAGCCGGCUGUUGCGGAGAUGAUGGGACCUGAAGCGCGACAUUGA